CAAAAAAGGAAAAAGGCAUUGCAUCGGUUGGCGCGAAAAUAGAGAAGAAAGAAACCCUAAUUUAUGCAAGGAACCGGUUGCUCUUUCCUAAAUUAAACCCUUUUUCCUUUUCCAUUCUCUUCUCGAUACAACAACCCCCAACCAUGACGAUACUCCGAUCUCGCGAAAUACCAUCGGUCUCCGGCAAGCCACGCCCCAAACGACAAUCCUCCGACAUCAUCCAGCCGUCGACUCCCGCUCGGAAACAAGAGCCCAGUGCUCCCUCACUCGACCGAUCGAGUCCACCCACUAACACUUUCCGGAGGCGAAGAAGUCCUCGUCUUGAAUCUCUGAAUGGGUUUACUGAGAAAGAGGUUAGCAUCUUAGUUUGUAGCAAUAGAAAAUCGAAUGUUGGUGAAAGGUUCUUGAGUUUGCGGUCGGGGAAGAAAGUUGCUAAUGGAAUCGAAACCAGUGGGAGUGAAAUUGAUUCUAGAAAGUUGGAUUUGGUUGAAGAAACUAAUAUCGUGAGUAAGGAAUUGGACAACAGUGGAGAUGAUGCACUUGUUAGAAGUGAGGAAAAGGGAAAGUCAGUGAUGGCUGAAGUGAAUGAUGUGGAGAUGAAAUGCGAUGAGAAGCCAAGCAGCUCGGUGAAUCGAAGAAAAUAUACAAGAGAGGAGAAGGCUAAGGGUAUUCAGGUCGAGAAUCUCUCUCCUCCUAUCACCACUGUUGGUGUUGAAGAAAUGGAUAUCGACAACUCAAUUGACAUUCAGAACCCACCUGAAGGAGCCUCUCUAACAAAAUCGUCAGUUAAUGCACAGAAUCAAAAUGGAAACGCGUCAAGAAAUCAGCAAUUUCGUGACUUUGCGGAGAGAAAUGCUUCCAGGUUUGCUCGUUUUGAUGUUGAAAUGGAGGAAGAAGAGGAAUCGUCAGACAAAGAGGAGGUUGAGCUACAAGUCGAGGAUUGGCCUGGCCCUUUCUCUACCGCCAUGAAAAUUAUGAAGGACCGAGAAGAGAACACGAUUCUGCAUGAUGGUGUUCCUUUCUCCUCCGACAUAGAAAGAUCUUCUUCGCCAAUUGUUUGGCCCCCCAGAAGAAGCGACAGUUUCACCUCUCCUCCUCCACGAGCUCCAUCUCUGCAAGAACUAUCCAUGCGAGUUCUUGUCAAGAACGCUGAUGCCAUCACUUCGCUUGACUAUGUUCCAGACUCCCUGAGGGUUAAGCUUUGUCAAUUGCUUUGUGAUUCGAGGAGGAUGGACGUCCACUUUCUUGAUCUUCUUGUCCGUGGAUCUCCGACAGGGAUUUGUGUUCCCGACUGCUCAUGGCUGACCGAGGAACAGUUCACCGAAUGUUUUAAGAACUGUGACACCAGCAACUUGAUGGUUCUUCAACUCGACCAGUGUGGGCGUUGUAUGCCAGAUUAUGUACUACCCUCCACCUUGGCAAGGUCACCAAAAAGCUUGCCGAUGCUGUCUUCUCUAUCUUUAAGUGGUGCAUGCCGGCUUUCCGAUGUGGGGCUGCGGGCACUUGUUUCCGUUGCCCCUGCGAUUACAUCUAUCAAUCUCAGUCAAUGCUCUCUUCUAACAUCAUCUACCAUUGACAUGUUAUCUGAUUCAUUGGGGUUAGUUUUAAGGGAACUAUAUCUCAAUGAGUGCCAAAGCAUCGACCUGAAGCUUAUUCUGACUGCAUUAAAAAAGUUCGAGAAGCUGGAGGUAUUGUCUCUUGUGGAUCUUCCUUCAGUCAGGGGUCGGUUGCUUAGGGAAUUUAUUACUGCUAGAGGACAAGCCCUGAAACAGCUAACUCUGUCCAACUCUGUGAAAUUAACUGACUCUUCUAUAAAAGACAUCUCUGAAAACUGUCCUAAUUUAAGAGUGCUUGACCUGGCUAACGUAUGCAAGCUGACGGAUUGUGCUCUGGGUUACCUUGCAAAUGGUUGUCAAUUUCUGGAAAAAUUGAUUUUUUGUCGCAACUCUUUCAGCGAUGAAGCUGUAGCUGCGUUUGUAGAAACCUCAGGCGGUUCACUGGUGGAACUAUCACUAAACAACGUCAAGAAGGUUGGCCACAACACGGCCUUAGCCCUUGCUAAAUUUUCAGAAAAGCUGCAGAUUUUGGAUGUUUCCUGGUGCAGAGAUAUGUCCGACAAUGCACUAGGCUACAUUGUCGAUAGCUGUUCAUCUCUGAAAGUGUUGAAAGUGUUUGGAUGCACUCAGAUUACGGACACAUUCGUUCUAGGUCACUCGAACCCUAAUGUUGAGAUCUUAGGUUUGAAGAUGGAUCCCUUCUUGAACCACCUUACAAAGAACCAUCCAGAUAGCUGAAAGAGCCAUAAUCUUAUCUCUCUGCGUUGUUUGUUUUUGGAGGAGAAUAGCAGAGACGGUUUACUAUUUUGUCUGAACAUGCACCUUUUGGUCUUUAUCUAGUAUUUAAUAAAUAGCAUCGGUAAGUUUUUGGUUUCGUGA